AUGGCUCUUAUUAAACAACCCCUGGCCGGCCCGGGAUAUGUGAUCCUGAAUGUUGUCAGGGUUAUGAACAUCAUUGCUCUUCUCUCAGUUAUUGCUGCUUGCGCUGUUAUGCUGGUCAAGACCUUCAUCGUCAGCAAAUUUUUCCUUUUCGACGCCGUCACUCAUGUGGUGGUUGCUAGUGUCAGUCUUUUUCUAAUAGUUUCCGAAUUAAACAUCUUUCGCGCGUAUUUCAAUCGCAAUUGGCCGUUGCUUGGUCAGAAUUCAGGAUUUGUCACGUUAGGAACGACUAUGAUUGUCCUCGGGGUGUCAACUCUUGGGAACCUCAAUAAAGAAGCUACAAGCCAAAAGUCUCUAGGAUUAGCAUUUUGGAGAAUUGUGAUAUCCUCCGGCAUUGUUGUGAUAAUUGUUGGAGUUGUCAAUGUCAUUGUUAGCUUUGUGUUCCAAGAUAGGAACAUCGGAGUCACGGCCCGCCAUGUCCGCGCUCAUGGAGCUGUUGCCGAGCAAAAGGUUAUCACUAGAGACAGCAGCCACAAGUCUUUCCAACUUUCGCGUAAAGAUUCGCUCCCGACAUAUCGCUCGUCUUCCUCCAAUUAUUCUAGCCCAAGGGCGGUAUCUACGAGAACCGCCUCGGUGCGCGCUACACCCAGAAUCCCGAUAAAGAUUUCAUCUCCGAUCAAUGAUAACCAGGAUCAAUUUGGCAAAUUUACCGCCGAACCUGAUUUGGCGGUACCCAACCUGGCACAUCACCCAGCAAUGUAUUCCGACCGGGUAUGA